AUGUCUGGCGGCUUUUAUAAGUAUCAUUGCAAGUAUUUUUACACCCACAACUGUCAGAACUGGGUUUGGGUAAAUAAUGCGCCAUGUGCAACUUGUAUGGCUGAAGGACGAGAUGAUGAAAAAGCCCCAGCUUCGGGUUGGAUGAUGUCCCGAGAUAUCGCCGUUCCGUGUGUUCAGAACGGCAUCCUGCAAUAUACAAUGAUGGAACUUGUGGCUCCCACUGUUGCUGGAGAGCAUUGGUCUCUCAGAGACAAGACUGCUCGAUCUCAUCCAGUUGCUUCGGUCACCAGCGCCAUGGCUGGACCAGCUGGAACUAUUUCCAGCGAUCCUUGGACUAUCAGAGACAAAACUACUCGACCACCUCCAGCCGUGCCGGUCACCAGCGCCAUGCCGGAGGCAUCUGGUCUGGUCUCCUCCGGGCAGUGA